AUGGCAAAGAAUACUUUCACAAUGCGCCACCCUCACGGAGCUGUGAUGAACAAGACGCAGUGGGAUCGGCCCAGCUGGGACGAGGCUUCUGGCACAUCAGAUGUGUUUCAGUACAAGCCCACUGCUGCAGACCUGGAGGUUCGUCCUCAAGCCACCCCGGUCUCAACUGGCCGCCAGGAGUUAGACGACAUCUUCACGGGAGCAGCGAGGAGCUAUAAGUCCGAUGAGACCGUGGAUCUGCAAGGUGGCCUCCACGUGAUCGUUGAAUCAUGGGCCACCAGGUUGCACUGCCGUGCCGACAGGUUCGAGCAGCCAGAGGGCCACACAAAGUUCGCACAUCCCACCGCAGGCAUCAGCAGGCUUGCAUUUGCAUUGUACCAGCACAGCCCAUCCAGCAAUGAGCAAAAACUCACGUGGCAGGGCGAGGAUGAGAAGAAGGGCGAGGACUUGGACCCUUACGCUAACCUGGAGCCUGAGCUGAAGGUGCAUGCAGCUGCCUGCAACAAUGAUGUAAAGAUGCUGGAGAAGCUAGGGGAGGAGGGUAUCGAUUUCAACCAGCCCAGACCACAGGAUGGCUACUAUGCCCUAGAUGCCUGCGCCUGGUCUGGAAACGAAGAUGCUAUCAAGAUGUUGCUGCGGCACGGCGCAGACCCAGCGAUUACCCUUCAGGCUGUCGUGGGAGCAGCCUCCUGGGGAGAUCCUGAUCUCCUCAAGGUCCUGCUCGAUGCAGGUGGCCCUGUCGACCAGGAGCUUUCCAAUGAGACGGCUCUCCGCUGGGCUGUGCAGUACGGCCACGAGGACUGUGCAGCUCUGCUGGUGCAGAAGGGAGCAUGGAAGCUCGAAACCAACCAGGAGCUGGUGCUGCGAAGGGCGAAAGGAAGAAGAAUGCGGAAGCUUCUGGAGACUAUCGCCCAGGCAGCGCUGGCGGGCUCGGUGGCUAUGCUGCAGGGCGCCGCAGCUGCCGCAGCAGGGGCAGCGCCUGCCGAGCAAGGUGGCAUCACAGGCUUUUCGGCCUGGAUAUUGGCACUUGCACAAAGCCUCUUUGACGUCAGCACAGAUGAUGUAGUUCGUCGGCUGAAGUUGCUCUCGCCGUAUCCGGCUCCAGACAGGUCAACGGCCGAGGAGAUGCGGGCACGUCCUGACUUCUAUGGACCCUUCUGGAUCGCCACCACGGCCGUGCUUUUCCUAGCAGCCACAGGCAACUUCGCCAGGUUGGUCGAAUCGGAGCACCCCAGCCUCUUUAAGGCAGACUACAGCUUGGUGCCCCUCGCUGCAAGCAUUAUCUACGGGGGCUUGCUUGCGGUGCCGCUUUUAGCACGAGUGUCCGUGUUCUUCACAGAUGAAGAGGUCGGAAAUAUUGACUUCAAGCAGAUCGUUUGCGUGUGUGGGUAUGGAUUGGCUCCCUCGAUUCCAGUGUCCAUUCUAUGCAUUAUUCCAGUGUCCUUCCUUCGGUGGGUCUUCGUGCUUGGAGGGCUGGCCCUUUCGGUCUACUUCUUGAGGGCCAACUUGCUCAUGGACAUCUCAGUCAAGGUGCGAUGGCUUCAGUUGACGCUCAUCGUGUCUCCUGUGCUCCUGCAGGUUUUGGUCUUCUUCAUCUACAGGGUGCGGUUCUUUGCGGGCGCCCGGCAGUGA